UCAUUACAUAACCCUGAUUAAAAGGGCCACUCCACUACCCCUACGUCUAGUGCGUUCUACGUGAAAUAAAGGUAAAAAGCGUCGAAAAAAAGCCAGCAUAAAGGGUAAGGUAAGACCGUAAUGGUUCGUUCCAAUCGGAAAAGUAAUCAAUGCGAUUGCGCAACGCCAUUUGCUACGACAUCCAUCCUCUAGCCUCGUUCAGCACAUGGGUGGGGUGCCCCCAGAAAGAGUUCCUGCCAGAGCGAAACGGACGUUCGUACACAACUGUUGCACCUAAAUAUACUUCAAUAGAAUAGAUAUAGGCACCUGAAUAUUGACAUUUGACGGGCAGUGUUCUGUGUUCUCUUGCAUUUUCCAUGUUGUUUAUUUAAUUUUAAUACGAACUAUGGCCGAGGAAGACCUGAAUGAAGAGGGAAGUGAUCUCAACACUAAAUUCGGCCUGCGAUUGCGGGGGAGGAAAGGUGCUCUCAAAAAGAAAAAUGUGUAUAACAUUAAAGGCCAUAGAUUCAUGCCCAGAUUUUUUAAACAACCCACGUUCUGUUCGCACUGUAAGGACUUCAUAUGGGGCUUCGGAAAACAAGGAUAUCAAUGUCAAGUUUGCAGUUUCGUUGUGCACAAACGAUGUCACGAAUACGUAACAUUUACCUGCCCAGGUGCCGACAAAGGUGCCGAUUCAGAUGAUACUCGAACUCGUCAUAAUUUCAAAACACAUACGUAUUCUUCGCCCACUUUUUGUGACCACUGUGGAUCAUUACUGUACGGAGUGAUCCAUCAGGGCAUGAAAUGUACAGCAUGUGAUAUGAAUGUUCAUAAAAGAUGUGGGGAGAGUGUUCCUAAUUUGUGUGGUUGUGAUCAUACCGAACGCCGAGGCAGAAUCCAGCUGAAAAUGACCUACACGGGCCAAAAACUGAGCGUUCUAGUCCUACAGGGUCGUAAUUUAAUUCCAAUGGAUCCCAAUGGGUUGAGCGAUCCGUACGUUAAAAUCAAACUCAUUCCCGAUUCGGAUAAUGUCAAGAAGAAAACGAAAACGAUCAGAUCGUGCUUGAAUCCGGUCUGGAAUGAAACAUUGACUUUCGAACUCAAGCCCGAGGAUAAGGAUCGACGUUUACUAAUUGAAGUGUGGGAUUGGGAUCGCACUUCUCGCAAUGAUUUCAUGGGCUCGUUAUCGUUCGGGAUUUCGGAAAUUAUUAAAGCACCGCCGGAUGGCUGGUUUAAACUUUUGACUCAAGAGGAAGGCGAGUUUUACAAUGUGCCGGUGCCCGAAGAGGGCGUCGAUCUAGCAACAAUCAAAACGCAGAUGAGGAAAACGUCAAUAACCAAGAAGCCGUCGAUCACGACCGACAAAGACGUCCCUCACAACAUGGGCAAAAAAGACAUAAUUAGGGCGAGCGAUUUCAAUUUCCUCAUGGUUUUAGGCAAAGGCUCAUUCGGCAAAGUAAUGUUGGCUGAAAGGAAAGGAACGGACGAAUUGUACGCAAUAAAAAUUUUGAAAAAGGACAUAAUCAUCCAAGACGACGACGUCGAAUGCACCAUGGUGGAAAAGCGCGUCCUGGCUCUCUCCAACAAACCGCCUUUCCUAGUCCAACUCCAUUCGUGUUUCCAAACAAUGGACCGGCUGUACUUUGUUAUGGAAUACGUGAACGGCGGUGAUCUCAUGUUCCAAAUUCAGCAAUGUGGCAAAUUUAAAGAACCUGUUGCGGUUUUUUAUUCGGCUGAAAUUGCCAUCGGUUUGUUCUUUUUACACAGCCGGGGUAUAGUUUACAGGGACCUGAAACUCGAUAACGUUUUAUUGGAUCAAGAUGGACACAUCAAAAUUGCCGACUUUGGGAUGUGCAAGGAAGGGAUUACGGGCGAUAAAACUACGAAAACUUUCUGUGGUACCCCUGACUACAUCGCACCCGAGAUAAUUUUGUACCAACCGUACGGAAAAUCGGUCGAUUGGUGGGCUUACGGUGUCCUGCUGUACGAAAUGUUGGUCGGACAGCCCCCUUUCGACGGAGAGGACGAGGAAGAGUUGUUUGCAGCUAUCACAGAUCACAACGUUAGCUAUCCGAAGGGUUUGUCCAAAGAAGCCAAGGAUGUGUGCAAAGGGCUUUUGACCAAAAACCCGAACAAACGGCUGGGUUGCGGUCCGCACGGGGAGGAAGACGUCCGUAUUCAUGCUUUCUUUAGACGAAUCGAUUGGGAAAAGAUUGAAAAUCGGGAGGUUCAGCCCCCUUUCAAGCCGAAAAUUAAACAUCGCAAAGAUGUCAGCAAUUUUGAUAAGCAGUUCACUUCGGAAAAAACGGAUCUGACGCCCACCGAUAAAUUGUUUAUGAUGAAUCUGGAUCAGACGGAGUUUAUGGGAUUUUCGUUCCUCAAUCCGGAAUUUAUCCAACAUGUUUAAGUGUUUACGAUACGUAUCUCUUUUUUUAAUAUUUAGAGUAGCGUAGUUGCGUUCGCAAUUUGCAUCUCAGUCGUUCUUGAGCAAUGUUUAUUUCGAUAUAAUCGACUAUUUAUAUAUGAAUAUACUCACCUAAAGUAUGCAUGAUUUGCAUUCGAAGUAGUUAAUGUAUAGUGCCAAAAAACGGAACUUUCUCAUCCCAAUGUUAAGUAAUAAAAGUGUACAUAAAUAUAUUAAGUAACGUAGUGUUUCUUGUUCCACUCUGAAACAUAUCAAAUAUUACAUACCACGACCGUUGAGGAGCGCAAGAGUGGUUAUUUAACCAAAGCUUGAUACGUAAGGAGGGUCCAGUUCCCGUAGACCUAGUACAUAGUGAAGCAUUUCGUUGAUACAGUUUUAUUUUAGCGAUUGUAUUAUUAUCCCCAGUAUUGAAACUCAUUAAGCGACAUCUGUGACCCCUAGAGGAUAUUGAAACUGUAUUUAUAAACUUAGUCAUCGCUUUCGCUUAGUGUUUCUUUCGCUACUAGUGAUGAAUUGUGAUUUUUGAGCAAAUUGACAAUCUUAAGCGAAACAAACUAACUGAUAUUGUAAACUAAGCAUUCCACAAAUGCAGUUGAGACAUUCCUUAGUUGUAGCUUUCAAAAUGACUGACUUGCAAAUUGCCUGCUUACCACAUCUCGUUUUUACUCUCGACAACUGUGGCACUUUAGAAACAGUUAUAUUGUAAUUACUAAUGGUAACAUUGUUGUUCACGCGUCUUUUUCUUACAGUUCUUCCAGUCAUGACAAUGACGUGAUUUGUGAAUGUAGUUAUUUAUAAGUAUAUUUAAAAUUAUCAAAUAUGUACCUAUUUCUCCAAGCGGUGUAAUCUUGACGUGAGCCACACCUCUCAAAAGAAAUAUUUUUUAAGAUUGUGGCAGUGUUAAUAUUCAAAUUGUUCCCAAAACGAUAGUGUUUCACACAGAAAGCCACUCAACUGUACUACUGCCCGCUCAAGACUCCUAAAUUGUCAGCUUUUCUAAUCGAUCUACAACACUAAACAACACAAUCUGGCCCGGCUUUUGUGUGAAAUAACCACAACCGAACUUAUUUUUAAACAAUGUCGGUUGUUCAAGUCAAAAAAUCACUUUGCUGUGUGUUGGACAAGUUAAGGAAUUACUUCUUUGUUGGAUUUCUUAAAUGUUGAUCCUGUCUAAAUUAAUUUAAGUUAUUAAUUAAUAUUGUUAUUAAUUCCGUUACAUAUAGUUUAUUUUUGUUAUUGCGAUAUCUUUCACAUUGCCAUUUUGCAUCCAACCACUAUUACGAAUUUAAUAAUUCUUUACUAUUUUUUUAAAGGAAUUAAAAUUAAUUGUUGGAGGGUUGGUGUAAGGGGCAUUACGUAUCUGUAAGUGCAUGUGACAUUCUAGUCAUUUGUAACAAAUGCUAUCUAGUCUCAUAAUGUAUGGUCUAAGUGAUCUUUUUGAUAUAAUCUGUUUACUGUUAGAAUCUGAUAUGUAUUAUUCUUGUUGUAACCAUUACUUAUUCAUGUAUUAUAAAAUUAUACAUCAGUCAGAA